AUGCGAACUGAUUUUGAGCUGAUUAAGGUCUUUUGGUUUAGGAGUGCAGAUAGAUAUAAUACCAAGAUGUCCAAAGGAGGAGAAAAGCUCUCUGUUUGGUUUGAGCGGGGUCUAGUCUAUGAUACUUCCACAACACUAGUUGAGAAUGACUGGAUUUGGUGGACAGUGCGAGCCCAGACAACAUCAAUACAAGUCUGCCAGCAGGCAGGUUUAAUAAGAGUUCUACUUGACAUAAGCAAACAAAAGAACAUCUGUACCCGUAUCUAUAUCUAUAUAUACACGUUAAUGUUCAUCUUCAUGUACAUAGCGUUGCACAUAGACACCAAAUGGCUUGACUAG